UUCUGUGUCAUUCAAACACACUUGUCUCACUAAGACAUUUCUCACUGAAUUCCUGCUGUAUAGGAAUAUAUACAACUCGACUCAGUGGAGAUAUCUAGAUUUUACUGAGUUAAAGGGGAAGCCAGUGCUGUUGAGUUUCAAGAGGCAGUCACAGGUAUCAAUAAAUGAAUCCAGACACUCCAGAUGUGUUGAAUUAAUGUGAGAGUAUUUUGGCUUUAAGUCCCGUUUAUCUGCUUCUGAGCAAAUCAGUGCAGGAAAAGAAGCGAAUAAGGAGCCAGCAUAGCAGCUGCAAGGAUUCCUGUUGCCAAGGAUGUCAGUUGACACUCUACAGCCAUCUCGGCGAUUAAUGAGGUUGGCUGGAACUCCUGGCCCCCAAAGUCGCAACCCAGAGAUCCAUUGUCCAGUCCAAUCAUCUCCUGGGAUGCGAAAACCGAGUGCAGUAGAACGCCUGGAAGCAGAUAAGGCCAAGUAUGUGAAGAGCCAACAGGUGGCUUUGAAGAAGCAUCAGCUGGUCACUUGUCCCUCCAGCAAUGGCCAAAAUGGACCAGGUGCUCAACAGCCAACAAGAAAGGUACCUGCGAGACCCAGUGAAUCUGAGACUUCACAUCUUUAUCUGGAACAUCUUUGCAAACUGAUCGAUGGUGUUAGUGAUUCAACCAUGCCAGUUGUUUCACAAUCCAACAGCACUUGGAAAGCCCAGGAUGAUGCUGACCCAUGCAAGCCCCUUUCCCCAACUCUCCAACUGAGUGCAAUGGAAAAAACAAAUGUUGGGUUGACUUCAACAAGUCAAGUAAAAGCUGCAGUAGAGGCUUUAGGAACUAAUGGAGGUCCUACCCUGACGGUGCGGAGAGUCGAUGUGAGGCCACAGUUACCUCAAAUGAGGAUGGCCAGUAGACCGCAGCUGCAGAGCCGUCCACCGGUGCAGGUUCCCAUGCGGCAGGUCCCAACACAACUUCUGCACUUGCUUAGACCCUACACGCAGCCAAAUCAAAACCCAAUUGGCUUCAAACAGCUUCAUAAUGUUACGAAUGUCACUCGAGGACCUAUUAAACCACCAAGCAGUCCUGCCCCAACGUCACCUUCCUCUACAUCUCCAUUGAGCCCAUUCAGUUCUUUGCCUUUUCCCUUAAAAUCAAACACUGAACCAGCAUCAUUUGCCUCUCCUGCCCCUCUUACUCCAAACUCAGUAGCUCCAUUCCUGGCCAAAAAUGAUUUCCAAUCACCACCAUCUCCAGCCAUCACUCGCCAUUCCUCAACAAGCUCCAGGAAGCGUCCUUCACUGACGCGUUCAAAAUCGGAUGUCAGCGAGUGCUUUUCGCGAGCAGGGGUGGAGCUUGAACGCUUCUUUAAUUAUUGUGGCCUAGACCCAUCAGAUUUAGAGGAACUAACAAGACCAGGUUCCGACAUUGUGUCUGUUUCACGUCUCCGUAGUGCCAGUGCGCCAGCAUCCGAGCACACGGCUGAUAGUAAUGAGGAUGAGGAGGAAGAGGCAGCAAAAGAUGAACGUCCUGGUUACGGUGUUUCCGUAAUUGAGAGAAAUGCACGAGUUAUCAAGUGGCUUUAUGGAAUGCGCCAAGCCAAAGAAAGCACCAAGGUAGCCAACGUGUAACUACAAGGGACUAACACACAACACUCAACUUUGGGCUACAAUGUGCAAAAGGGCUAUAUAUUGUACAAAGAGCUUCCUUUGCCUUACUUGUUCAGUAUUUGUUUUCUUUUUAUUUGUUAUCACUGGUUGUAUAGUUAAAUCCGCUGAGCAUUCAGCGCAAAUUAUAACGGCCAAAGCUUGGUGGUAAUCUGGUGUUCUCAAACAGUGACAAUGCAUACAUGUAUUUUUGUGGUGACUGCCAAUAAGCUCAUAAACACAAAGCUAUUUGUUGCAGUUCAAGUAUCAUUUUCCGUAACAACAGGUUGUACUUCUAAGGCCAGUAUAAAUGGUAGCAGAAGGUUUGGCAGAAAUAUCCAAAAUUGAUGGUAUUUCUGUCAUGGCUCACAAUAAAAUUAGCAUUUAAUGUGGCCCUUUUUUGCAGCUAAUAAUGAAGAUUUAAGUCUUGUUUUACUAUCUUGUACAUGUGACAUGAUUAAUAUGUGAAUAUUGCCAUCGUUUAUUGAGGUGGGAAAACUCCCAUGUUUUCAUACUCACCACAAAUAA